ACAAGCGUCUGAGUCACUAAGAAUUGGGUCAAUGUCGGGUUGUGACGUCAUAUUGUUAUUUACCUAAAAAUGGCUGCUCUCUUCGGACAUGGAAAUCCUCUUGCGACGCAAGUGGGACAGUUGAUCGAAAGAGGAACAGAUGGAUCUCAGGCGUCAGAAAACUGGGCUAUUCUUAUGGAAGUUUGUGACAUCAUCAAUGAGACAGAUGAAGGUCCAAAAGAUGCUGCCCGAGCAAUCAGAAAGAGGUUAUCACAGAACAUGGGAAAAAACCACACAGCCAUUAUGUACACCCUCACUUGCCUUGAAACAUGUGUCAAAAACUGUGGCAGAAGAUUUCACAUUCAGUUAGCAAACAAAGAUUUCCUGUCUGACCUGAUUAAAGUUAUUGGUCCUAAAUAUGACCCUCCACAAGCAGUUCAGGAGAAAGUGCUUAGUCUCAUUCAGACAUGGGCAGAUGCAUUUAGAGGAACCCCAGAGUUGAAAGAGAUAGACAAAGUUUACCAGGACCUGAAGGCUAAAGGCAUUGAGUUCCCAAUGACAGAUCUGGACCACCUGGCACCAAUCUACACACCAGCAAGGAGCACAGCUGAAGUAGACCCUGGAUUAAGUAGAUUAAGACCAUCAACUAGAACUCCCCAACAGGCCCCAGUAGUUCCUCAAACACCACCCCAACCCACAACUGGUCCCAUUAACCCAUCAGCUGAGCAGAUGACAAAGUUAAAAACUGAGCUGAAUGUUGUCCAGGGGAACAUCCGCGUCAUGAGCGAAAUGUUAACAGAGCUCACACCUACCAACAUUGACCCCUCAGACCUAGAGCUUCUACAGGAACUCAACAGGACAAACAGGCAGAUGCAGCAGCGAUUAGUGGAAUUAAUAGACAAAAUAGCCAAUGAGGAAGCUACAAAUGAACUUUUACGGAUAAAUGAUGACAUGAAUAAUGUGUUUUUGCGGUACGAGAGAUUUGAGCGAUACAGAACAGGCCAGUCUGGCCAACAACCAAGCCAACCCUCGGAGCCAUUACCCAGUGAAAGCAUGUCACCACCCUCAUACGACCAGGCGUCGUCCUCGCCCGCCCCUGUUUCUGCACAGCCUGCUCCCACGGUGGGGAAUCUGAUAGACUUGGGCGAUGACACAUUUGUCCCUAACCCUCAGCUCGCCCCACAAGUUACAGCACAGAUGGCUAACCUUGACAUAGGAAGCAAUUCAACUGCCACUUCAGGCCACAAUGAUGAUGACUUUGAUAUGUUUGCCCAAUCAAGGAAAUCUUUUGAGACAAACAAACAGGCAAUGGGAAGUUACGCAAACCAGCAGGAGGACCAGUUUAACAAGGGUGGUCUAGGAACUGUGGUCAACUCCAGAAACAAUUUUACGAAGGAGGAGGAUGUGUUGAAGCUAACGAGAGAAGAGGAGGAGGUACUUAAGUUACAAGACAAAGAAACUGAUUAUGAUGAGAUGGAACAGUGGUUAACAGCUGAACAGAAAGCCAGCUUGAAUGAACAUAAAAACCAGCAAAAGGAUUCAUUAUCCAGUUCAGAAUUCGAUUCAUUUCUGGCAGAUAGGGCUCAGGCAGCUGACACCCUACCAAGCAUAGCAGCUGCCACAGGUCAAAGGUCAAGAAAACUACAAAAAGAUGACGAGGAGAACCCAUUAUUUGCAUUGUAAUUUAUGAACCAAGAGUGAGCGUGCGUGUGGAGUGUGUUGAGAGAGUUACUAUCUAAGACUCAAUAAUGAUCACAUGAUUGCUGUAACAAGUCACAUGAUUACAGUGAGAGAUCACAUGGUCCCAAUAUGGCUGUACAAUAUGCCAGACCAUGGAAACCUGCAUGUUAGUCAAGUCUGUAUUAACUACUUCUUUUCAAAUAAUACUGUAAAUCUUGGUUUCAAAACUACUUGUUAAGUUAUUGCCCAUAUUCCUUCAAUUUUAUAAUUGAAAUUAAACUAUAGAAAAGUGUACAGCAUUAUACUUAAAUGUUACAACAAUUCAGAUACUUGUAUCAUUAUCAUUUCAAAAACUUUUUUUUUUUAAAUAGAAGUGUUUACAUAUAUAUAUAAAUCAAGUGUAAGAAUGUUCUUGUGUUUCUACUACUAAGUAAUCUUGUUGUGGAAAGUUGUACCAAAUGUGCUUCCAUAAAGAGAAGACAUUUGAGAGGUGGCAUAAUUUUUGUACAAGAAAACUCAUUGUCAUUUCAUUCUAAUAAAUUGCAUUUUCUUUGGUUAUCAUGGCAAAGAUAAGUCAGGAAUUUAUAGAAAAUGCUUUUCAAUUGCACUGUAAUUAACAAGAAGCGAAUGUCUUGAGUGUAUCAGGACCUUAAUGAUACAUGUAGUUACAUUUCAAUAUUUUUAGUCGGACAAACACAGUCUUUCCUAUCCUACUGUAUCAAUGCAAACGAUGACAAAGUAACUAACAAUGAUGAUUAACUUCAUAACUAAUAGUUGAUGUUGAAGUUUAAUACAUGAUGUUUUCACUCGAGAUGUCAUUUUGAAAAUGACAAGGUGCAGUUGAAGAAAUCCUUAACAAACUGGAGUUUUUAAAGUUUAUUAUAAUAAUGAACUUAUUUAGAGCUGUGUUGUAGGUUGAUCCUUUUAGAUCUCUGUCAAAUAAGGAAUGCACUCUGUGCCGACACGAAGACUGCAGUCAGUCUAUGUCUAUACUAUCAAUUACACCAAUGGAAGGCUGCAUUUGUGAAAUGUUCUUUUCAUUGAUGAUCAUUUAUUUAAGGUAUUUUCCACACAGAUCAUUACAUGUGAAAGUUGGUUCUGAAGUAAAUCACAUAUUUAUUCAAGAUGAUUCGCUUAAGCAAUGCCAGAAGCUUGUAGCAUGUUUAUUACAAGACCUUACUAAAUAUUGAUUAAUAGCUUUUAUCACAGAGAACAAAAAUUAGCUUAUCAGUAAUUGAUAUAUCGAAUUUCAUUUUUGUAAACAAAUAACUAUUUGAUAAUAGUACGUAUUUCAAUAUUACAAUCAUUAUGAUAAUGGAAUUUAGAAAUACAUUACCGCCAUAUCGUUUUGACUGUGCAUUAAUCAUAUUUAUGUUGUUUAAUUUUUCAACCUUAUAGAAAACAUUUACUUGUGUUAAAAUCUUGUAUAAUUUAAAACUUGUAGGAAGUAAAUUUUGUAGUAAUUUGUACUCAUUUGUAAGUGUCAAAAACACUUAACUAUUUAUCAUGAUGUUAAAAAUUAAAGAAUAUUUGUUAAACCUUA